AGCGACGACUCUGGUUGAAAGAUGCGCUGAACAGCUUGGACGGUGAACUGAAAAGCAUGCAGCAUACACUCAAUACAAUCGGUACCAAUUUCUCUGGUGCUUUCGGGGACAUGUCAUUGACAAAAGACGAAGUAGCGGCUAAAGAGGAAGCUUUGAAAGAUCUCUCCCAACUUGUCGAUAGUAUAGACAAUGCCCUAGCGCUCAUAUCCAUGGGAGGUUAUCCAUAUGUUAUUGCACUCGUCAAGUCCUCGUACCCCUCACUCGUACAACGGGCGUUGGAUGUGCUGGCGAUCACAACGCAAAAUAACCCUGACUGCCAGAACUACUGUUUACAGGAGAAGGUAAUGGAAAUCGUGCUGCCGCUGCUGAACGCACAGGAGAACCGCACUGUACAAACUAAAGCGUUGUAUUUCAUGUCGAGUCUAAUUCGACAUCAUGAAGUAGCCACGGCCGAAUUCAUCAAAUCAGACGGUAUCUCGAGUCUGGUGAAUGUGAUCUCGGAACAAAGGAGUCUAAACGACGUUCGUCUGGCCACUAAAGCUGUUUUCUUGCUCAACAUUGUGAUGGAAACGGCGGAGAUUCCUCAAGAGAUAAUCUCGACAACGGCAAAAGAUACAGCAUUGGUGCCGUCAUUAAUCGCAAUAGCCGGUGUACAGGGAGAAGCUUCUAAUGCUCAGCUGCGAGAGCUCGUAUUAUGCGUACUUACAAGGUUACGGAAUGCGGGUGCAGAUUCUGAGCAGGUCUUAUAUGAUCCCAAACUAAAUUUGAAACAGGUACUGGAAAACAUACAAAGUGAAAUAUCAGCUCUUGAUGCUGACGACCGGGAUGCACAACUCGAAUCGCUCGAGUACAUAGAGGCGCUAUUGCGAUAGGACACUGCAACGUGUCGUCCGCCAAGUGCAGAUAAAAGUGUCAAGCCUAGUAGUGAACAAAUUAGUAUUGUAUUUAUUUGCGUUAUAGCACAUACAAAAAUCAUCAAAUAAAACAGAUUUACCAAAGGCA